AGUCUGAAACUUUCUCUAAAAAAAUGAAUGAUCAACUUAGUGAUAUGAAUUUGCCAGAUGAUUUAGUUGUUAAAUAUAAAUUACCUAUAGUAAGAAAUAUACGGGAAAAAAAAUUGUAUGAUGAAAUAUGUGAAGAUGAAAUACCUCAGUUACCAAUAGACAAAUUUAGAAUAAAUACUUUUCGAGUUAUAUUAGAUCAAAUUAAUGAAAGUUUAAACAGGCGUUUUUCAGUUAAUAAGAAAUUAAUAGCUGAUAUUCAAUUCAUGGUACCAAAGAAUUUUUACUCUCUACAAAAUAUGCCAAAAGAUACUUUAAAAGAAUUAGCAGAUCUAGCAAAUAUAGAUCUUGGUCAAUUAAAACUAGAACUUCAAAAUUUUUCAAAAGUAUACCCAAAUUUAUCAAGUUCUAUAGAGAAGAAAACAAAAUUAAUGUAUUCAGAAUCCAAAACUGAUGAGGAAAGUGACAUAGAAUUAGAACUGAAAAACAAAGAAGUUGAUGGGGUCAAUGAAAUUAUGUUUCUUUGUAAAGCAGCUUACAGUAAUCAUGAUAAAAAAAUUGCUUGCAUUGUGUUUAUAGUUUAAUAUACAAUUUAAAUUUACAUGUAUCUGCUUAUACUACACUAUGUGAAGCAUAUGAAUUUUUUUAACUUUAUCAGUCACAGAAAUUAAUUGCGAAUGGACAUUUAGUAAGCUGAAACUAAUAAAAACUAGAUUACGAUCAAAUUUAACACAGGAUAAUUUGGAGUCUCUACUUUUAAUGUCUGUAGAAAAAGAGCUGUUGGAUGAAAUAGAUGUGUCUGAAGUAGUAAAAUAUUUAAAA